AUCCAGCCAAGUAUGGAAGAAACCACACUGGUCAUCCUACUGCUGUCAGGAUUUUCCACAUGCUCCAGCCACAUCAGCAAAGAAUACCACUUUGUGAACCAAAAAAUGACCUGGACUGAAGCUCAGAGUUACUGUAGAGAGAAAUUCACUGACCUGGUCACCAUCUACAACAGCGACGAUAACCAAAGGCUUCUGUCAAAUGUAAAAAACAGAAAUGACAUUAAUGCUGAUGGGGCAUGGAUAGGGCUUCAUGACAACAUUAAGAAGUGGAAAUGGUCCAUGGACCAAGAGAAUUUGUAUGUUGACUGGAAAGCGAUAUUCAUGCCCUGGUUGAAGCCCGAGCCAAACAAUUCUAAAGCAAAGGAAUACUGUGGAAUGGUUUAUGAAGGAAGCAGUGUAGCAGAUGAAAACUGUGAAGCUCGCAAUCUGUUCCUGUGCUAUGAUGCCAACAGUCCAACAGCGUAUGUUAUAGUGGAGACACAACUCACCUGGUCAGAAGCUCAGUCAUACUGCAGACAACACCACAAUGACCUGGCCAGUAUAAGAAGUGAAGAAGAGAAAAGCACCAUCCAGAGCACUCUGACUGCAACGAGGCUUCAGAAAGUAUGGAUCGGCCUCUACAGAGAUCCCUGGGCCUUCUGGUCUGACAACAGCACCUCUACAUUCACUAACUGGGGAACUGGUCAGCCUAAUAACUAUGGGUCAAAACAAUUCCAUGGAAGAUUUUCUCUCGUCUCAGGGAAAUGGGACGAUUCAGAAAACAGCCAAAGACACCCGUUCUUCUGUUACAAAGCGGCGACAAAGAAAAUAAUAGUGAAAAUUAGGAUUCAAUCGAUGGCUAACAUGAAGAGCUCAGAGAUCCAGCAGCAGGUUUUACUGCAGUUGCAUGACCGCAUGGUGUCCAAAGGACUGACCGACUUCAAACUUAGAUGGAGAAAAGUGGAGAGUUCCUGUGAGAACCACCAGCAGAAACUGAAUGGGGACAACAAUGACCAAGACAACCUCUGUCCAGAUUUAUACACCUGAUAUAUAACACAAAUAACAUUCUGUACUGAGCUGUCCUAUCAUUCAAAUCUUCUGCAACUCAUUCCUCUGAUCAUUCUUGUUGAGAUAUUAUAUGAUUUUAACAUUUAUAGAUAUGCAACCAAGUUUAGAGAGAUAGAAAUCACAAUUUGGUGGAGCUGUUAACAACUUAUGUUCAUCUGAAAUGUGACCUACAUCACACACUGAGUUUUUGUCUUACAGCAGAAGCCAAAAAAGUUGGAAACCAUCGAUUCAAAAUUUUACAGUUUGUUUUAUUUUAAAAGCCUGUUACAGAAUCAGUCUUGUAAAAUUUCAUCUUUAAAUUUCUUAAAGCUGUCAAAUAGAUGUAACUAGAAAAUAAAAUAUGUCUCUGAAAUGUAGUGAAAGUGUGCUGUGAAGUAAAAUUGAAUAUAAGUACUUAAGUAAAGUACAAGAAAGUUAAGAUAGGACUUAAGUUCAAUACUCCAGUAAAUGUGUUUAGUAUCAGACCAUUCCUAUGCUUUCCUCAGACAACCUCAGUCCUCCAGUCUGUUGUCGAUCAUGUGUGAAUACUGUGGUAGGAUCAGGACAAGGGGUUAAAAACUGGAUCUUUUGUAUGCAUUUGUUCCAUUGGUGGCUGUAUUCAUGUAGCGUAUUUCAUUGCAUUUUCUAGCGCAUCUGUUUAAUGCUUUUCUGUUUUAUUGCAUAGUACAUUGAGUUUACCUCUGUAUGAAAUAUGUUAUAAAAA